AUCGUAAAAUCUAACGGCUAUGAUUUCAUAAAAUAACCGCGUAUCCAAAAUUCUGUAUAGACUUCAUCCAUGCCUAUAUAUAUAAUCUCCAUUGAAGUAGCUUCACUUCCAUAAUCCUCACUCCUCAAACUUCCAACUUCCUAUAACUACUUCAAACACACUCGAUCAUCACUCUAAAAAUCAAGCCCUAAACAUACAUAUAUAUAUAUGACGUGGAUGGGUUCAGUGAAAGUCAUGCUGAUUUCGAUGGGCGUUGUGCUCGUGAGUUUAGCCAUGAAAGUGUCUGUUCCAUUGGUGAAGGAGUUCAUAAUAGGUUCUCACGUGGCAGUCAUGUGGAGCUCCAUCGCCACGUGGCUCAAACCUCCGUAUCUUUACAUCAUAAUCAACGGCAUCAUCAUAACCAUUGUCGCCUCUUCGAGACUCCACCAGAACCACCACCACGAUGAUCGGGUCGAUACCGAACCGGGUCGUUACCCGAUGAAAAACGGAUCUAGUAGACAGGCCAAUAGCGCUUAUGGGUUUCAUGUGGAGAGUAAUAAUAAUAAUAAUAAUAAGAUCAUUUCGUCGGAGUUCGGUGCGUUGGAACAGAUCCGGCCGAGGCCACUGUACAAACAGAGAGAGAAAGAAGAAGAAGAAGAAUCAGCUCCGGUUAUGAAGAGUGAUCAUGAGGCAGUAGUUAUUGAUAAAUACGAAACACAUGAUCAUGAUCACGAAGCUUUUUUCUCGAGGUCUCCGCCUCCUUCGCCUCCGAGAAGAAUUAACUCACCAGAGAUAUUUUAUUCACCGCCAGCGGAGAAACCUCUUGCUUCUACUAGGUUUGCUCAACGGAAACAGUUUAAACCGAUUCCCGAAGGUGGAAAAUCGCCGUUGAAAGUGACGUCGAGGCCCAAACGACACGAAACUAUGGAGAAUACGUGGAAGGCAAUAACGGAAGGACGUUCGAUGCCGUUAAGUAGGCACAUGAAGAAGUGUGAGUCCUUUCAUGAAAAUCACGGCCGUCACGUGGGUGAGUUAGAAUUACCGUCGUCACUACCGUUAUUCAAGAAGUCAGAGACUUUCAAGGACCGAACCAAUCAACCAACGCCACCUCAGCAAGAAACGUACACGUCAUCACCUGUGCCAAGCAAGAUUAGGAGGGAGCCGUCGUUGGGUCAAGACGAGUUGAACAAGCGAGUUGAGGCUUUUAUACAGAAGUUUAACGAGGAAAUGAGGUUGCAAAGGCAAGAGUCGUUGAAUCAAUAUAUGGAGAUGAUUAACCGUGGAAGCCAUUAAUUAUAUCUUCAUAUUAUUACUCAAAAAAAAAAAGAUACAAAUAUGAUUAUUGGGUUUUUAAAUCUUGUUAAUAGGUCCUAUAUACCAUCAAAAUUUGAUAAAGUUAGCUUUAUGAUAAAGUGAGAAAAAAAAAAAAAUGGGAGAUGACGGUUUUACGGUUUUGUUUUUGUCAUACAAUAUAUAAUUAGAGGUUUGGUAUGGUUUUUUAUAUGUGAAAAGGAAAAAAUGUCUAUAAUAGUAGAAUACUGGAGUGGUCUUUCAUUUUUUUAA